GACGGAUUAAGACCACUUCUUCAUAGCCCGUGACAAAUAGUAGUACUAUAACCCAUAAGCUAUAUUUGGUGUCAAGAUACGUUUGUUCUUUUUAUCAACAUUACAGCCGCGUGGACAAGCACUUCAGAAAUGACGCAGUAUCUAAGAAAAGGAUUCCAGAUUAUUCCAAGUACAAUCCUUUAUCAACAGAAGCGUUUUCGAAGCAAAAUUAACAUAACAAAACCUAGAAAACCACAUUAUCUAAGAGGAUUGGUAAACGUCUUUUUAUUGCCUUUUUAUGAACAUAGAUACAAAGAUAGAAGUUUGGAGGAAAUGUGUCAACGAAAGAAAGUGACCGAAAAAAUAGAAAACUAUAAUCCCUACCAAAGAAUAAUAGCACGUGAGGUCCGGAACUGGUUUGAUGAGUCCAAAAUGAUUGCCAUUUGUCACCAAAAUUCUAUAAUAAUGGAUGAUAUGUUUGAAUUUAAAGUUUUGUUGAAGAAAGCAAACAUGUACUUAAAACGAUAUAGCAGUAAGAUCAUGAAAUUGGCACUGGAAGAUUCGCCUUACGCGGCGUCACUACCGCUGUACUCGUCAUCGUUUACUCUUGUGUUCAGUCCUGACAUGAAUGUGGCUGCCUUCGAGAAAAUUUCCAAAAAGUGUCCAAGCGUUGUUUUAUUAGCGGGUAUACUGGAAGGACGUUUAUUGAACAAGGAGAACUUUUUGAGAUACGGAAAAUCGGAUCUUACGACAUCACGAAUGCACCUUGUUCAGGUGCUACAGAAUGCAGGCGGUAACAACUUAAAUCAGCAGCUCACGCAACACCAAUCCACAUUGGUCGCUCGAUUAAAGCAGAUCAGCAUAAACGAAGCAGCUCCCGACAAGAACGAAAAAUCGGUGCCUGUAUAAUUGAACACUUUGUAUCGAUAAUUUAUUGUAACGCUCUAGAUUUAUUUAAAGCUUUAAGUAAAGUACGAUUUAUUUCUUUCUCUCGUAUUUACGAUAAGAAUAAGACGUAUCGGUACAAAGUCA